AUGCUGGGAGCAGAUUUGGCGCCCCAUGCAGCGAUCCCGCGUAUUGGACCCGGAUUGCCCGCGCACCGGAAUUGUGGGAUCGGGACCCUGCUUGGCACGUCGGCACCGUGUCGGAGGAUGAGGAAGUCGAAGGGGACAUGCUCCUGGGGAGGCGGCAUCCGAUGCUGGCAUUCGAGUCGAGGGUUGCGGCUGGGAGGGGGGCGUCGCGGGCGAGGGAUGUCGAUCGUGGGCAGCGGCCGGGCAACCAGGCGUGAAGAGGUUCCCGCCGCGGGAGUCUCGGGCGGCGAGGGGGUUGAUGGCUAUGCUGUCGAUUUAGAGAAGGAAAUCGACAAGAUGGGGCCGCGGGCGCUGCUCAAAUUCCUGAGUCUAUCUGAAGGCACCCGUUUGGCCACAGGGGUGCAGCUUGGGCAGCUGAUCGUCAGCUUCCUGUUUGUUGGGCUAUAUGUAUGGAGCACAUACCAGGUCCCACAGGUCGGAUCAUGGAGAUAUGACCUGGACAUCUUGCUCUGCUUUUUCUUCUUCAUGGACUACGUGCUGCGUCUUGUGGUGUCAGACACCCCUUUCCGUGACGCUUUGUCCGCAUCCAACAUUCUUGAUCUCUUCUCGUUUUUGCCAUCUGUGCUUGCAGCACUGACUUCUCUGCCAUAUGGAUUUCUGAAAAUUGACCUGCAGUGGCUGAGGAUCUUCAGGGCUUUCCGUGUCCUGCGGCUCAGUGUGAUCGCAUUGAGCUUGACCAACAUGCAGAACCUUGCGAUCAGUGGUGUGAUGGCCGGCACAGUCCGAGUGCGUCUAGCACAGCUCAUAGCCUCAGUGGUUGUGGUGCUGUUCACCACCACAUCUAUCAUACAGUUGGUAGAGAAGUUGCCAUGGCACAUUGCUCUCUACCUCACGAUGACUACCCUCACUACUGUGGGGUAUGGCGACAUCGUGGCAAAGACUGGCGUGGUGGCCAUACCGGUGAAAGCAGCCCAACUGUACAAGCAGUUAGGAGCAAGGAGAGCGGUGAUUGGGAAGCCAUUUGUGAUGGUGUCCACGAAACUGGCCCAUCCACGUGCCUUUGCAGACUUCUUCAUCGAAUUCUUUUCAGAUCUUUCAUCUUCAGAGCUUCCUUCUAAUGUCCGGAUGCUGUGCAUGAGCAAGAAGCCAAGCUUUGAGUCACGAGCCUUUCAGGCAAUCAAUGAGCGCCGCUUGACACUGAUUGAGGCGAAUGCCCUGUCAACCAGUGACCUCGAGCAGUACAAAGUCCACAGAGCCGAAGCAUGCUUCCUGCUGGCUGACAGAUUUAGUGCCCACAGCCAGGAGGAAGACUUGGGCAUAAUGUUUCAAGUGUGGGCUCUCAAGAGCUACACGAAGUCAGUGCCGAUUUACGCCCAGGUGCGGCACACAUCGUCGGUGCCCCUCAUAUCCCGCUUCCUGGACCCCCAGCGGGAUGUGAUCAUCAGCAUCGAGCAGAUACGCUACCGCCUGGCCGUCCUCUCCUGCCUGUGCCCCGGGGCAUCCGUGCUGCUGGGCAACCUUUUGCGGGUGUUUCGCGUGGACCCAGUAAAGGCUCAGAGGGAGACACUGGCCGGGCGACGGUGGCUGCGCAAGUAUGUGAACGGCUGCCAGUACCAGACCUUCGAGACGGAAGUUGGGCGUGCUAUGGUGGGCGCCAGCUUCACAGAGGUGAUGGCCUUCGUGUACGAAAGGACUGGUAUUGUGGUAAUGGGGCUGACGACGGCGGAGGCCUCCGUUUUGCUGAACCCGGCGCUGCGAAAGAUCGAAUGGGGGGAGAAAUUGGUUGUGAUUGCGAAGUCGCAGGCAAAAGCCGACGCCGCCAUGAAGCUGCAUUUUGUGCCUCCCACCAGCAAAGAGGUGACGGCUGUGCAAGAAGCCAAUGAAAGCGAGACGUCUGCUGACUUGGUAGCGAUCCACGAUUUGGAAGCUGAUGGCCGUGUCGUUCAUGCUGGUCCCCCUGAUUCCGAGAGUGUGGACGGUGAAGAGGAAUUGGGCACGUCCGCCUACAGUGACGAGGGCACUGGAGGCGAAGCCGCAGCUCGACCGUUGCUGAGCAAGGUGACAGCCGUGCUCGACGUCCAGCGGCUCAGAUGGGGCGGCGACGCGGACCACGUUGGCAGGGCGCAUUCCAGCAAUGGUGUCUCCAAGGAUGUCCUGGAAGCGGAUAUGGACGAAGCGCAUUAUUUGCUCAGCUAUGGCUACGGCAAUGCUCUGGAUCCAAUGAGAGAGGAAGUGCAGGAACAGGAAAACGACGCAGGAGAAGAGGACGGCGAACCGAAGGAGGAGCCUAAAGUGAAGGGGUCUGAGGUGGCCUCGAAAAUGGAAGAGGAGUUGCAGGCUGGCGUUCCUGACGACUUGUCGGACCUGCACGACCACAUCAUCCUGUGUGGUGCUCCAGAGGGCUUCGUGCCCUUCCUGCAGCAGUUUCGACGAAGCUGCCCCAAGCCUGCACCCAUCUUGGUGCUGCACCCCAGCAGGCAGGCAGUGGCGCCAGUGCUUGAGAUGGAAGGCGUGCAACACCUGAAGGGCUCGCCAGGAAACCUGAAUUCGCUCUUGUUGGCGGGAGCUGAGAGAGCGGGAUCUCUGGUGUACCUGUGCGAAUCCCACAAGGCGCCUUCUGCUCCCAAGGGCGAGAAAGACACCUCCCCUGUGCUUGCGGAUGCGGAAGCGCUCCUGACGUGCUACAGCGUUGGUGCUGAUUUAGUACACGCGGUCAUGGAGCUGUGCUACACGUCGUCCAUUAAAUUUCUGCACCCUGGCCUCCUCAUGAAGGGCAGCGCGACAAGACCGGAGGCAGAUGGAGGCAUGCCUUCGCCGCCGAAAGAGCCUCGGCGGAGCUGGCAGCUGCGUCACCAGCAGAACGUGGCGGCCAUGGAGGAGGGCCUGGCGGAGUGGCAAGCCAACCCCUACUACUGCUCCGGAAGGGUCCUUGUGCCUGCGUUGCUGGACACCUUCGCUUGCCACAGCUUCUUCAACAGGGGCUUGCUCAUCGAUCUCAUGACGGAAUUAGCCGGCGACAACGAGCAGCCCGGCGGCGCCCUCCUCAAACAGAUACCGCUCCCAGACGGCCUGGAGGGAAAGACCUACGGGGAGCUGGUGCACUACAUGGCCCUGAAGCGGCGCUUCGUGCCGCUGGGACUGUACCGCAAGAAGUCGGAGAAUGCGGCCUGGACGCUGCCUUACGUGAUGGUCAAUCCACCACAGGACGAGGAGCUGGAGGCCACGGACAGGGUGUUCAUUCUGCGGGAGCGGGGCGGGACAUGGGUCGUCGACUGA